GCGAGAUUUUCGAGGAAAAAAAAGUUCAAUGAAAAACAUCGAAACAUAUACCAUUUCAUUCAGUUUUUCAUCCUGAUUUCAAAUAUGUCUGUAAAUCGGUGAUUACAACUACAUAAAACGAAAAUCUGGACCCAAAAACAUUAGAUUUUAUGCUUUUUUAUGCAAAAAAUCUUUAACAUUUUGGCUAUAACCUUUUUCGGCCGGAAUUUUUUUGUGAAAUCUUUUCAUAUCUCUAUCACUCUAGUAUUCAGGAAGUUUCUCUAUAAAUAUCUCAUUGCGGCACGUCUUUUUCUCAGAUCUGCGGGUCAUUAUGUAAAAUCAUGAUUUUUCAGAAAUGCUAUAUUUUUACCAGGAUUUCUCCUCUAAAGUUACAGUCAAGCGUGGUGUAUGAAUUUGAAAUAUCUCGUUUUGUAGAGAAUUUAAAGCUCUAUCGAAUGCCAUCGGAAAGAAAUUCUUAAGCAUCUUUCUUUUAUUUUUAGUAGACCAUUUUUCAUCAGCAGGUGCAAGCAAUACCUGAGAACAUCAUUUUCAGUCUUUCUCAGUUACUGAAAAGGCUUGAGAAAAAAUAAAUAUAUGGAAAGAUAGCCCAUUCAAUGCUCUACAAAAUCCAUAUUAAACAAUCUGAAAUAUCAAAAAUUUUCUUAACCGGCGGCAUCCUUUGCCUCUAGUAUGUUAUAUGUAAUUUAACUGUUAAUAAUAAGUAAAGUCUAUUGAUAAGUACCAUCAAAUAGGAUAAGUAUUAUUAAAAUUAUUUAAAACGUUCAUUCGACAUGUUAUGAACAUAGAUAGUAUGAAUUACCGAUAGUUGAACAUUAAAGAUAUUGUUUUGAUAUUGUUCGGAUUAAUAUUGAUGUUAAGUAUGAAUUAAUUAGUUGGAACUAAUUGAUCAACAUAUAUAAUUUAUUUUCAAACUUUCGAUAAUUUUAUGUUAGUUGUAAUCUCAAAGACUAUUUCGUAGUUACACGAGUACGAAAUCCAAUAUGAGGAUAGAAUUUCAUUUUGUUUUUCGUUGAGUAAAUGAAAAUAUUAAAAACGAAUUAUCAAAACUAAGCAAGAAUAACAUCCUUUAAGAAUUUUCCAUUUUUUUAUUCUCGAAAAUAUUUGGAAUCAAUCUUGAUUAAAAUAAAAGAUUUCAAUUUUUUUAAAUUUAACCUUUUUGUGAAUUAAAGUUUCACAAACGAUGAGUAUUUCACUGAAGCCAAUGAACACUUUUAUCUAUCCUGUUUAAACUCCUGUUGAAUUAAUCUACUACCUAUUACAUAGCUAAUAUAGUUGAACGAAUCGUCAUAUGGAUUAUCAGCUGAAAUAUGGCUGAAUGAUUAAUUAUUAGGUUAUGGUCGGGAGUUUUUCGAAAUUAGUAGAUAAAUAUUAUCAUCUUUUAACAUGAACUAUAUACCAUUGGAUAGAGAUCAUUAUUCUGCAUAGAUUGUUGUGGUUAUCAAGGUGACUUAAGCUUCGGGGCGAAUUGUGAUAAGUAUUACUUCAGAAAAUCUCAUUUUUGUGGUUUUCACUAAAUCCAGCCGGCUCUAUGAAUUUUUUCGAGAUGAGUUAUAUAGGUUUGGAUAAAUCAUGAAAUUCUACGUCGAUUGACCUAUGAUUUACGAGUGUCUUAUGUACUCAGGCGAAUCGUCAUGGUUUUAACGAAAAAUGCUAAUUUUUCUCUAUGUGUCUUAUGGAUUCUUGUGGUUUUUUUGUUACCAUACAUUUGAAGUUUCGUGGGAUGUGAUGAUACCAUUAGAUAAAGCUCGUUGACUUCUACGUGGCUUACUAGUUUUAUUUUGUGGCUUAGACAUUGAGGUGAAUUAUCGUAGGAAAUACUCUAAUCGGCUGUUAACUUUUCUUAGGUAAUUGUACUUGAAUUUAGUUAUUUUUUCAGUAACCUAUUUCAAAUGGUUUCAUUCUGCAGAGUUGAUGAUAUUAUGUUACAACUGAUAUAAUAUUUGAUGAAUAAUGAAUAAUGUGCUGUGUUUUUUUUUGUUUUUACAUUGAGUUAUCAUUGAAAUAUUUAUUUAGAAAAAUCUAGCCAAAAUAUUUAAACAACUACUAAAGACUUGUAGCAGUGUAAGACAAUAAGGAAGUUUGCUACAUAAUCCGAUACUUUCAUCAGCAUAUAUAACUCGUCUACUUACAUUAUAUAUUGUUACAAUUCUUAUAUGAAACAGUUUUCUUCUCAAUUAUUUUGCUCAUCAAAUUAUGUAAUUUCAUUGUUUAGAUAUCAUUUUUUGUUUUGAGCAGCUAAUCUAUUUAAGUCACAAAUGCGAAUUUUGAAAGAAACUAUUCUUAAUUAAGAGAUAUAUAUAGCCGAAUUGAUGAAUAGUAGCCAGACUUGUAAUUAUGAAUCGACCGGUUAUAAUUCAGUCCGGUUGAAUCUUUAUAACCAGUUCAUUUUCAACAUUUUUUAAAUCUAUGUUUUGCUCAUUUAAACUAGUCUAUUUUGUUCGUUUUUAUCGAUUCUAAUAUUCUAUUAAUGAUCAAUCAUUAUAUGAAAUGCAAAGGUUUCAUAAUGAGUAAAUUUUUCUUUGGCAUUAAAAUGAAAAGUUUAACUUUAAAGAUUACCCUUUAUCAUCGUAUAAUGAGAGUCUUUGAUAUUGAUCAAUAUAUUGAUUAUGAUUAUGAAAAAUAAAUUAGUCAUUAAAAACAAAAAAUUCAUUCUUAAUUAAAGAUUUUUCAUCUUGACUUUUUAAGACAUUUGUUGUAGAUUGUAUUUAAGUAACUGUGAGAAAAUCUCAAUGGCUAAUAUAUUUUCAAUUUACGUUUUCAUUAGAAAACUAUCAGAAAAGUUUUCAUUUCGUAGUCAAAGUUAGAUUAACUUUUAGCUUCUUGCAACUAAAAAUACUCAAAUAUUAAGAAAACAAAAAUAAAAAGUGUAAUACUAAAAUUGAACGAUAUUUAAUUUAUUUUUUUCUUUCUAAAUGAGGUAUUAACCAUAAAUUCGAACGAAGAUGUCUUUCAAUAAUGUUAAAUAGUGAUUUGAAAGAAGAAAAUAUCUUUAUUGGAGGAAAUAAGGAAAAGCAAAACAUAGAGACUAUUUAAUAGAACUUUUCGUGAGUUACGAUAUGCAAAAUUUACAACAAAAAAAAAAAUGUUUCCUUCGUUCUUAAUAAUAGUGUAAACGUAAUAUGUCAAACAAAAAUAAAAGUUGCUACUGGUAGAAAUUUCAAGAGUUAUAUUAAUUUCACAUUGUAUAUCAUCGUAGAGUCAUGCUCAAAAAAUGUUUGUUAAAAUAAAUAUUUUGUUAAAAGAUUUUUGAAAUGAACCGUAGUUUUUUGCUGAUUAAAUGAAGAAUUUUAGCCAGUACCUAGUCUAACAUAAAUGAUAUUGAAACGGUUAUGAGACAGAUGGAUGUAUUUGAGUAUCAGUAUGAUUCGUUUUUCUGAUAUACGAAAAACCCUUUUUCACAUGCAGAAUAUGUAGUUUUGAUUGUUUUCAAAGGCAUUUUAAUGGUUUUGUGACUUUGCAACUAAGAAAAUAUUUUUGUCUUGCAUUUAUAAGUUAUGAUAUGUUAGGAUUUUUGUUGCUAUUUAUUUAUUUUAGUAUAUAUGUCGUAUCUGAUUGAUCUUUAUAGUAUAGUUUGUUCAUACCGAUUCGAAAUCUUAGUGAAAGCCUGUUAUUUAGCGGCAUCUUCAAAAUAAUAUCGUUUUAUUGUCUAUAGCAAAUUAUCUUUUGUCACUUAUAAUUGAACUUCAUGAAAUCGUUUUAAAAAAAAAAUAAUAAUAAUAAUAAUAAUAAUAAUAUUGCUGAUUACUAAAUAUUGGAUCUUUUUUUAAAUUCUGAAUGGUUAUUUAUGUUGUCAGCCAAUAUUAGAGGUCGCACUUGCACUCAUAAUGAUUACAACAACAUAGGGUAAGUAUGUAGUAUACACUACGUCUAAGUGAAAUAGUCGAUCGAGCAUGUAAACACGUGGGCUUUUUUUUUUGUACCUUAAAUCAUUGUUGAAACAGGUACUCUUUUUUUUUUUUGUUUAAUUUUUAUUUUUAAAAAAAGAAAAAAAUAGUCUAUUACUUGCAGAUGUUGUCGUUAUUUACUAAUUAUAUCAUAUUUCUUUGCUUAUUGAUUGUCAUCAACGCAGAUGAGAAGAAAUAUUCUGACAAAGAUAAUGUAAGAGUUUAAAAAAAAAAAACGAAAAUUUUUGAAUUAUUUUUAUCGUUUGUUAUUUUUUAGGUAAUAAUUUAUGUUAAUAAAGUUGGUCCUUAUUCUAAUCCACAAGAAACUUAUCAUUAUUAUUCUCUUCCUGUGUGUCGUCCAUCGAAAAUUGUAUCAAAAGAUUUGACACUUGGUGAAGUUUUAUCGGGUGAUCGAAUGGCUCAUUCUCUAUAUGAAAUAAAAUUUAAUGAGGAAAUUAAUAAUAAACAAUUAUGUUCGUUAACAUUAAAUUAUGAUGAAAUAAAUGCAUUAAGAUUAUCGAUUGAAGAAUUUUAUUUUUUUGAAUUUGUUAUUGAUGAUAUUCCACUUCGAGGUUUUGUUGGACAAAUUGAAGAAACAAAUUUAUUUCCACAUAAACAUCAUAUAUAUGUUUAUACUCAUCAUCAUUUUGAUUUUCAUAUUAAUAAUAAUCAAAUUAUUUAUGUUAAUAUAAGUACAAAAGAUCAUCCACCAACAUCAUUAGAUGAUGAUUCAGUAAGAACUCUUAAACUUGAAUUUACUUAUUCAGCUAAGUGGCAUAAAACAGAAACAACCUAUAAAGAUCGUGCAAAAUACAUAGCUAAUACGGGAUUUUUUCCCGAGACCCUUGAGAUUCAUUGGUUAUCUGUUAUUAAUUCGAUGGUACUUGUAUUUCUUCUAAUGGGUUUUGUUGUUAUUAUUCUUAUAGAACUCGGAAAACCUAUUAAAUAA